ACCUAAGGAGAUUUGACCCAUUUCAAAAUAAAAUAAAUGAAUGAAUGCAACUGUCGACUUCGAUGGAUAAGUACUUCACUUUCAUUAGUGUGUAUAGAAAUAGAAGUUUAAUAAACUAAUGACCUACAAAUUUUCGCGUAAAAAAAUCUUUCUAAUGGUACUUCUCGUUAAUUUAGUUAUUCUGUGUUGAGUAACGGAUGGUCUUUCUCUUGUGGAUAGACUUAUAAUAUAAGAAUGAUUUAUUUAAUUUCUAUAGUACUAAUAUCAUUGCUAUUCUUAAAACUAUAUUUAAAAGUAUCUGCAGGAGUAUGUCGGAAUCGAAAUUCCAUGGAAGGUAAAGUUGUAAUCAUAACAGGAGCUAAUUCCGGAAUUGGAUUUGAAACAGCUCUUGAAAUGGCUGCACGCAAAGCUAAAGUUAUCUUGGCUUGUCGAAAUUUAGAAUUAGGACAAGCAGCUGCGAACGAAAUUAUAGCUCGUUCGUGUAAUACAGACGUUUAUGUACGGCGAAUUGACUUAUCGUCACUCGAUUCAGUAAAAGAGUUUGCAGCAGAAAUCCACGCAACUGAAAAAAGACUGGAUGUACUGAUCCAUAAUGCUGGAACAACGCCCAAAUCUGGAUUGCAUUUAACAAAGGAUAAUCUAGAAGAGCAAUUUGCCACAAACCACUUUGGUCCGUUUCUGUUGAACCAUUUACUUCUAGAUUUGCUUAAAAUGUCCGCGCCAUCUCGUAUAAUAGUAGUGUCUUCAGUAACUCACUGGUGGGCAAAUCUGGACCUGGACAAUAUGAAUUGUGAGAAAUGCGUAAGGCAUCCAUAUUGGAUUUAUUGCAGCACGAAAUUGGCGAAUAUUUUGUUUGUUCGAGAACUUUCAAAGCGUUUGGAAGGAACUGGAGUCACUGCUAAUUCGUUGCAUCCAGGAGGAGUUAGGACAAAAAUCGCUCGGAAUGCCCAAUGGUAUAUAAAGUAUAUAAUAAUACCCGUAAUAUAUUUUUUCUUGAAAGAUAGUAAAAGUGGCGCUCAGACAUCAAUAUACCUUGCUACCUCCGAAGAAGUAAAGAACAUAUCUGGUCAGUAUUUUGUAGAUUGUAAACCUGCAUGGACAUCUCCUAAAGCCAAAGAUGAUUUAAAAGCCAAAGAGUUAUGGAAGAAGUGCGAAAUUUUAACAAAAAUUAUGUAGAGAAUAAGAAAUUCAUCGAAAAAAAUUCUAAAAAAGAACUACU